GCUAACUAACGUUGAGCUAACCUACAACAAUAGUGGAGCAGUACGUUGACAACGACAACGACGACGCGACUGCAACUGAACAAAACCCUAUUUGUAAUUGCGGUAAGAAGACAACUUCUUACCAAUGAUUUCGUUGGUGCAAAUGAAAUUCCAUGCGCUGCUUCUGCUGCUAUCGAAGGUUUGGACAUGCAUUUGUUUCAUGUUCAAUCGACAAGUGCGAUCUUUUAUCCAGUAUCAGCCGGUUAAAUAUGAACAAUUCCCGCUGUCACCGGUAUCCCGCCAUCGCCUCAGCCUGGUGCAGCGAAAAACAUUGGUGCUGGAUCUGGACGAGACGCUGAUACACUCACAUCACAAUGCUAUGCCCAGGAAUACGGUAAAGCCGGGCACGCCGCACGAUUUCACCGUUAAAGUGACUAUCGACAGGCAUCCAGUGAGGUUCUUUGUACACAAGCGGCCGCAUGUUGAUUACUUUUUGGAAGUGGUAUCGCAGUGGUAUGAUCUGGUUGUUUUUACGGCCAGCAUGGAAAUCUACGGGGCUGCUGUGGCCGACAAACUGGACAAUGGCCGCAAUAUACUGCGGCGUCGCUACUACAGACAACACUGCACGCCCGACUAUGGCUCCUAUACCAAAGAUUUGUCAGCCAUAUGCAGUGAUUUGAAUAGGAUAUUUAUAAUUGACAAUUCACCAGGGGCAUACCGUUGUUUUCCAAACAAUGCAAUACCCAUUAAGAGUUGGUUCUCCGAUCCAAUGGAUACGGCGCUGUUAUCCCUGCUUCCCAUGCUGGACGCGUUGCGAUUCACUAACGAUGUGCGUUCGGUAUUAUCACGAAAUCUUCACCUGCAUCGCCUUUGGUAGCGGGUGUGCCGCCACCAAGCGUAGCUUAUGCACUAAACAAAUGCGUUCGAAAGUUAAAAAUAACAACUACAAUUAACGUUUUACAACAACUUAAAUAAUAACAACAACAACAAAAACAACAUGAAUGGUGGUGCUGUGACACAUAACGAAUUUUUUUCAGUACGAUUAUACUAAAUAAUAGACGAGACAUGAUUGUAAUAGAGGAAUAUUUCUACUUCACUUCAGAAUUAUGGCAAAGUUUUUAAUUUAAAAUAACCUUUCCUUUUUUUUUUUUGAUCAUUAUUAUUGUUUAAUUGUUUUCAUACGUGUACGUGUGCUAGAAAAUUAAACAAAUUUUUGCGUUAUUUGUACGUUACAAAAGAGGCCAGUCUCUAACACACAGUAUGUUAAAAGAAAAGUUACAACUAAACUAGAAAAGCAAGCAAAUAAAAUAUCAAUCUGGAUAUAUGUGUAUAUAUAUAUGUAUAUUUAUAUAUAUAUAUAUAUAUAUGCAUACGCAUAUAUCAAUCUAAGCUAAGCAACCACAACACAAACACUUUAUAUGUAUAAUAUAUAAAAAUUACAUAUAUUUAUGUUAGACAUAGUUUGUUGUAAUUAUAUUAUAAAACUUAUUAUAUAUAAAAAAUUGUUUUCUAUAUUUACAAAACUUACUGUAUACUUUUACAAUUAGUUUGAAUGCAAUUGACCUGGAAAUCAGAGCGAAAUGCAUAUUAUAUACAUAUAAACAUACAUACUUACAUAUAUAUAUAUAUAUACAUAUAAUAAAUAAACAACUUUUGUAUAGGUUUUGUACAAAUCAGGCGAAUAACAUUAAACCUCUAUAGUUUUUGAUUUGCUAACUUGUCAAAAAAGAAAAACAAUAAUGAAACGAAACGAAAUUAAAUUUAAAUGAGUUAGGUAUAUAUAUAUAUAUGUUAUUAAAGAGAAGGAUUAUGUUAACUCUUAAGAUAUGCCUGCAUGCAGGCCAAGGCAUUGAAGGCGUACUACAUUUGUAUUUAAAUUUAAAUAAGACAAUGAUAACUAUUAAAGUAUAAACAAAUCAAGAAA